AUGGGGUUCAAUAAAAUGCUUCCAUUUGAGAGAAACUCAUCACUUAUUGAAACCAGCAAGAGAAAUAUCCCUUCACAAAUUCAAUGCCUACCAUUGAAUAAAGCUUCAAAUAAUGAUAAUACGACAGUUUUCCGACGCACCGCAAACUUCCAACCUUCAAUUUGGCAUUAUGAAUAUAUCCAAUCAUUGAAUACUGAUUAUAAGGAAGAAUCAUACAAAGAGAAAAUUGAAGUGCUAAGGGAAGAAGUAAGGAUGGUCCUUUGCAAAGUGGAAAAUAUGCUUGAUCAACUUGAGCUCAUUGAUGUCUUGCAAAGACUUGGAAUUGCUUAUCAUUUUAACAAUGAAAUAUGGAACAUAUUGAACAAUAUUUACUACAUGGAUAACUCCGAGAAGAAGAGUUUACAUGUCACAGCACUUGAAUUCAGGCUCUUAAGGCAACAUGGUUAUAACAUUUCUACAGAUGUUUUUCUUAGCUUUCUUGAUGACAUGCAUGAUUUCAAGGAAUACCAAUCGGUAGAUGUUCAGGGAAUGUUAUCAUUGUAUGAAGCCUCAUUUUAUUCAAUGGAAGGAGAAACAAUAUUGGAUGAAUCAAGAGAUUUGACCACAAAGUUUCUUGAAGAAUAUUUGAACCAAAACGAAUGUAGCUAUUUAUCACUACUAACUCAACAUGCUUUGGAGCUUCCAUUACAUUGGAGGAUUCCUAGGUGGGAGGCACGAUGGUUCAUUAAUGCAUACAAAAGAAGACACAACAUGAAUCCUACUUUGCUUCAGUUAGCUAAAUUAGAUUUCAACCGUCUUCAAUGCAUCUAUCAAGAGGAACUGAAGUUUACAUCAAGAUGGUGGAAAAGUACUGGCCUUGCAGAAAAGUUGAGCUUUGCCAGGGAUAGGUUGGUAGAGAACUACAUCUGGACAGUGGGAACAAAUUUUGAGCCAGACCUUGGAUAUUCAAGAAAAGUCAUAACAAAGAUUAAUUGCUUCAUAACCGUAAUUGAUGAUAUUUAUGAUGUGCAUGGAACUUUGGAAGAACUAGAGCUCUUCACUGAAGCUAUUGACAGAUGGGAUACAAGGACCAUUAAUGAUCUCCCAGAUUACAUGAAAACUUGCUUUCUUGAACUUCAUAACUUUGUCACUGAAUUGGCCCUUGAGACCCUAAAAAAGAAUGGGGGUUACAUUGCUCCAUAUCUAAAGAAAGUGUGGACAGAUCUAUGUAAAUCAUAUUUGGUUGAGGCAAAGUGGUAUCAUGGGAAAUAUAAGCCGAGUUUGGAGGAGUACAUGGAGAAUGCAUGGAUUUCCAUAAGUGCGCCUGUUAUACUUACUCAUGUUUACUUCCUAAUCCCUCAUUUAUUUAUAGAGGAGGAACAAGUUCCCCUAGAAGAGUAUUCUGAGACAGUUCGGCUUUCGGCAACGAUUUUACGGCUUGCCAACGACCUUGGAACAUAUAAACGUGAGAAUGCCACUGGCGAUGUUCUCAAGUGGAUUCAAUGUUACAUGAAUGAAACUGGAGCUUCUGAAGUAAAAGCAAGGGAGCAUAUAAAAUCCUUGCUGUGCAUCACAUGGAAAAAGAUGAACAGAGAAGCUCAUAAUUCUUCUUUGACUCAACGUUUUAUAGAAACUGCAGUAAACCUUGCAAGAAUGUCAUUGUGUAUGUACCAACAUGGAGAUGGUCAUACUAUUCAAGAUCCUAAAACCCAGAGCUGUAUACGAUCAUUAAUUAUCCAACCCAUUCAAUGAUCUAUGUACACAGUGCUUGCUAGAAAAUAAUUAGAAAUAGCCCUAGCAAUAGCAAUAACUUUAAGGAAAAUGAUAUUUUCAUUCCAUGUCAAUGGCUAAAGAUCUACGCCCAUUACAAAAAUGCUAUGUGCACACAAAAAAUUAGCCAUCAAAU